AUGAAGACGGCAGUUCUGUGCUUUGCAUUUGUAGCCCUCCUUUUCCUAUCGCAACAAUCGGAUGCUCUCGUAUUCAGACACUCCAAAGGUCGUACGAGAAAAACGCAAACACUGGAAACUGAAAAGCCUUCAACGCCAUCAACAACUACCGAGGAUUCACAGGAGAGUGGAGAAGAAUCACAAGCACGCGAGACGGUUGAGGAACUACCGGAUGAGGAUGAUGACGACGAAUUGAUUGCUUCUACUCCCACCAUCACCCGAAUACGUUUACGCGGUCGAAUGUGUGUUCGUGUUUGCGUGCGUGGUCGAUGUUACAUUCGAUGUUGGAGGUAUUGA